AUGUUCGGAACGUUUCGGCGGUUCCCUUCCCCCCUCGACCGCAGUCUGCGUUACCCCGACCACCACCCCACACUGGUCCGCUCCACCCCACCCCACACGACUGGCCAUGCGCAGGACCACUGCACCCCGGCGGAGAAACUCGCACGCACACGCAUACGCACUUACGCACUACCGCACUCCCGCACGCACACUACGCAUUCGAGAGAUUAGCCAAAUAACUCGACGGAGAUCCACACCGGCUCCUCGGCGUCCGCGACGCGCUUAUAUAACCGUGUCGGCUGGCCCGUCCCUUGCAGUGUGCAUUGAGACCUUCAAGUGGUGAGGUGUGCCCCGGCGAGACAGAGUCGACUCAGCGUCCAUAAUAUUGGAAUACUAUUGUAACGGAUUCGUCUACGGAGCACCAGUUGCCGUCCACCCGUCAGCCCAGCGUUGCAGUUGCAUUACCACUUGGUGGAGAGCGUCCGACUGCUACACCGUGUUUUCGCCGCCGACAACCUGUUCUGCGACCACGUGCCGUCCAUUAUACAUUGUUGUACCUGCGCCUGCUGCGAGUACCACUCGACACGAACGUAACGAUAUAUGAUUUGAUACUGAACCAAGCAACUCAGAUAAUGUUGUAUAGUGUAUAGAAGAUAACAUAAUAAUCGCUUUCGGUUCGACCAACACUACCAGCUGAUUUGGCAUUAUAUAAAAAACUUGCAAAAUGUGGAAUGCAAUGAUUAAUAGGAAAGUAAAAAACAAAUCCACUGGCACUAUCGAUGAUGGUGCCACCAUAGAAGUGCAUGGAGCCGUAAAAAAUAAAAAUGCGGAAGAGGAUAAUCAUGAAAUAUCAAACUGGGAAGCGAUGAUGCAUAUGAUUAAGUCGACCAUCGGUGGAGGGUUCUUAGCCAUGCCUGAGGCAUUUCGCAAUGCUGGCCUGUUGGUGGGGUCCAUAGGCACCCUAUUCCUUGGAGUCGCUGUCCUUGACAUGAUGUCGUUCAUCGUUCGUGCCUCGCAGAUGUUGCGAUCCGGCUUAUACGCUGCCACCAUUUUGGCAGGACAAAAAGAAAAUAAUGAGGGAGUCGAAGACGAGCAUGACAAAGAGCCGAUAGAUAUUAAUAGCAAAAAACUCAUAUUGAAGCCUCUAGACUACCCGGAAACAGUGGAGGCAGUGUUUAGGUACGGUUCAGGAGGCCGCUUCGCGUCAUGGGCCCCAUUUGUCAAAAAGUUCACCACUAUAUCAUUGAUCGCAACUUAUUACGGUGUCAACAUCAUCUACGUGUGCGUCGUGGCUAGCACCAGCAAGCAGCUCGUCGACCUUUACACUACAGGUGCAGAAAUGGGCACUUGGAGCUACGCAUUUCACGAUUUGAACAUCCGUUGGUACCCCUUGGUCGUAGCUCUAUUGAUCAUUCCUAUGGGAAUGAUACAAUUUAUUAAAUACUUGGUACCAUUUUCUACCAUUGCCAACGGACUCAUUUCGGCAGGCGCCGUAGUGUUGUUUUACUUCAUUUUCACUGACGACGGAGGACGCGACCCUCUCCUGCCAGAAGAACGCUCCAAAUUGGUGGUGUGGCCGAUGACUCGCUGGUCACUGUUUGCCGGAAGUGCUCUUUGCUCAAUGGAAGGCGUUGGCAUGCUGAUGCACAUCGAAAACACAAUGAAGAGACCACGUCAACUCGCUGGGCCUCCAUACACACUACACUGGUCUAUGGUUAUCAUCGUGAUACUCAACUUCGCUUUGGGAUUCUUCGGAUAUAUACGCUACGGGGAAAGGUGCCUGGGCAGCGUGCCACUCAACUUGCCUCAGAAUAACAGACUUUCAGAGGCUGUAAAAAUCGUGGUGACUUUGGGAAUUCUCAUGACUUACGGACUCCAGCUGACCGUCACCGCGGACCUAGUGUGGCAAUGGCUUAAUGGAAAGACUGAGAAUAAAAUUUACCGGAGAAUUGAAUCGAAAAACGAGGAAAAGGCAGCAAAGGGUCUUCAUUAUUAUUUAAUGAGACUUAUGUUGAUCAUUGGGACCGUAAUUGUCGCGACUGUAGUACCCAACGUCGGGCCAAUGAUUUCUCUCGUCGGCUCCGUCGGUUUUUCAGUACUUGGUCUCGUGGUACCCGUGGCAUUGGAAACCGUGUGGUAUUGGGACCCAAAAAGCGAGGAUGAUUUCGAAGACACCGUACAAGAGAUGAACUGCGAUGCUGAAACAGUGGAGGACGGAAAUGGAUUGGCGUCAGCAGCGGUGCUGAUGUCAAAGGCUGCAAAGAUUGAUAAAGCCAGACGGAAAAUAGCCAAUCGCCGAACCUUACGACACGUGAAAAAUGCUGUUUAUGUCAUGAUGGCUUUGUUCGCACUGACCGGCGGAGCCUUCUACAAUUUACGGGAAAUGUUGACUCAGGCUCCGAGCCACGACAUGCCGGCACCAGCCAUUCCUCGUAUUGAAGCUUAACAUUUUUUUAAAUUUCGAUUUUUUUAUUACUUUACUAUUAUAUUAUAUAAUUAUCUGUAAUUACAAAUUAGUGUUAAGAAUGGUGUCUAUGGAGAGACAAUAUUAUAAUAUUAUCGUUUCUCAAUCACUGCAUGAAAUUUUGAUAUUUUUCACAGAUAAACAUUAAAAUAUUAAAGACUGCACAUAUUGGACUAUAACCGUUGGUUAUGAAUUUCCUUCGAUGUUCCUCAUCGCGAUAAUAUUGUCACUGUGUAGAAUGCGUAAUUAUUGUGAAACGCACACGUCUUUAACGUACAGCCUUAGGCUACUUAGUUAUUUAGUUGCGGUUUUUUUUUAGAACGUUUUUUUUAGUUAUAGUUUUAAACAAAGAAAUACAUUUUAAUUUACUUCAAAGAGCAUAA